CAUACUACAAACUACCAUUGAACUCAUCAAUCUUUUUUUGAUUUUUUUUUAUACCCAAUUAAAUAUUGAAUAAAAAACCCAAUUUGUAAUUUUUUCUACUCUUUCAACUAAGACUAUUCCUUAAUAUUCUAGGGUUUCAAAAUUUGGUAAAUAAUUCUUUAAUUUUUGAGCCCCUCAUCUUGUUCUUCCCCAAAAACCAAGUUCUUUACUUUCUGUUUUAAAUUCCAAGCGCACGUUUUUCCUAAUUCACGUUCUUAGUUGCAGAAUUAGUCUCUGAAAUUUGGAUUUAUUUGGGUUAAUUUUUUUUGGGGUUGAUUUUUGUUGUUCAUCAUUUUUGUUUUGAAGGGAUUAUUAGGAGAAAAUUAUCAAUUGGGGAGUUUGUUUCUGUAUUUGAUUCUUGCAGAAAAGUUGCUGAUUCUUGUAAAUCAUCUUUCCAUUUCUGUUCGUGUUCUUGAAUACUGUGUGUUUGGUUUGAAGAUGUGGAAAUAGAAUUAAUCAGUAUAUGGUGUAACUGUGUAAACGAUGGGUUGUGUUUAUGGUAAAUGUUGUAAGCGACAUCACGCUAAAGGGAAGGAGAAUGGUUGUUUAUAUGGCCAAUCUGGGGUCCAAGGAAGGCCGGUUUUUGCUGAGAGAUCAUUAGAUUCUAUCUCUGUGCCUUCACACAAUUUCUGUUUGGAGUAUUCGGUCCUUACGCAACGAGGGUACUAUCCCGAUUCACCUGAGAAAGAAAAUCAGGAUUGUUAUUGCAUUAGGACACGAUUGUGUGGCAAUUCGAAUAUUCAUUUCUUUGGAGUGUUUGAUGGACAUGGUCAAUUUGGUGCUCAAUGUUCUAAUUUUGCGAAGGAUAGAUUGGUAGAGAUCUUGUCUAAUGAUUCCUCUUUGUUAAAAGAUCCUAUAAAAGCUUAUAAUGAUGCCUUUCUUAGGACGAAUGAGGAAUUACACAACAGUGACAUAGAUGAUGCAAUGAGUGGUACAACAGCAAUUACUGCUCUUGUUAUUGGGAAUACACUUUAUGUUGCCAAUGUGGGCGAUUCUAGAGCCGUGAUUGCUCUUAAGAAGGGAAAUCAGAUAAUUGCGCAAGAUCUAUCUCGUGAUCAGACUCCAUUUAGGCAAGAUGAAUAUGAGAGGGUGAAGUUAUGUGGGGCUAGAGUUUUGAGUGUUGAUCAAGUGGAGGGUUUGAAGGAUCCAACUGUACAAACAUGGGGUGAUGAGGAGACUGAAGGCAGUGAUCCUCCUAGAUUGUGGGUUGAGAAUGGAAUGUAUCCUGGCACAGCUUUCACAAGGAGUGUUGGGGAUAGCACAGCUGAAAAUAUAGGUGUUAUAGCUGCUCCAGAGGUAUCAGUGGUUCAACUUACACCAGAUCACUUGUUCUUUGUUAUUGCAAGUGAUGGUGUCUUUGAGUUCCUACCAAGCCAGGCAGUUGUUGAUUUGGUUUCCAGUAAUCAAGAUCCUCGAGAUGCAUGUUCUGAAAUAGUAGGAGAAUCAUAUAAACUCUGGUUAACUCAUGAAAGUCGUACUGAUGAUAUUACGAUCAUCAUUGUGCACAUCAAAGGUCUUUCUAAUUCGAAUGCAGGGCUCACUGGUCAAGUGAGUAAGGGAGAUGCAAAACCACCUUCAGCGAGGAUGAAAAAUGCUGCUUCUGACUUAUCUGAUACUACCAGAUCUGACUUAAACCCUUCAGAAAGAAAUAGUCCCUCAGAUCAGCAGCCUUGUCGACCUAUAAUUUCUGUUGAUCAAAGUGCUGUUACUCUGUCUCCAUCGUAUUCUCAGCCAGCAUGAUGAUUGAGUUGCUUGGCUUGGAUUAAUUUUAAGAAGCACUGCAUCAUUUUUGCUGAUCUCCUCGUGAAAUGACUAAUGGAAGUUGUUGAAUGCAUGCUACGGACCAGAAGAAGCGGGAAUUUCUGUCCAAAAAUAAUCUGUUGGCCUGCUGAUGUUUGCUUCUUAGCUUUUUUGGGAGCGAAUUACCCCCUUUUUUGAAGUAUGAUCUUAGAAGUAAAUAAGAUGAGAGUUUGCGGGUGAUUUGCCUUCAUGUGUUUUUCUCUGUCAUCUGCAACAUACGCUUCUCAGUUUUAUGUCUUCUCAGAUUAACAUUUGCCAACGAUAGCUACAGAUGAACAACACUUCAGCAUAGUGAGACUCUGGGAUCUAACUGCUGACUGUAUCAAUGUAUUUGAAAGAAAAUUACGUUUGACAACCAUGACUUUAGUUCAAAUUUUGAAUGAUUCUAUUUGUGAAUCAUUGAUUACUGAAUAACAUACUGUUAAUUCAUGGUUAUGAUUAAUGAUUCUUAUUGUA